AGCUCCCACUGCCCGCUCCGCUCCCGGUUAGUGACAACCGGCCGGCGCCUUUGCUCUGCUCUGCUCUGCCCGUCUGCAAACAUCCCAACGCCAGUCGCCGGAUUGGAAAGGUCCAGCGGAGAGCCACCCUGACUUGCAUUUCUCACCCACGUCCCACCACCUCAAUCUUACCUCAACCAUAAACUUGGAACAAUGUUACAUGGAAUAAGAUUAGUAUGGCGAACGUAUCAACAGUUGCUGACUAAACAUCCCUGGAAAGUCCAAAUACUGACUGCGGGUAGUACAUGUGGCAUAAGUGAUAUCAUUUCACAACAGCUGAUUGAACGGCGAGGUUUAACAGAUCACAGUAUAAAGAGGACAAUAAAGAUGACUACUGUUGGAUUAAUUUAUGUGGGCCCUAUUCUUUGCAAAUGGUACAAGUAUCUCGAUCAACUGGUAGUUGGAAAAACCAAAGUUGCAGUUUUUAAGAAAGUGCUACUUGAUCAGUUUGUACUUGCACCUUGUUUCUUGGCUGGCUUCAUUGUCGUAACUGGGUUCCUGGGCGGGCUUUCACUGGAAAAAAUAUAUUUGAAAUUGGAGAAAAAUUAUACAAAUGCAUUGAUGUCAAACUAUACUAUCUGGCCAGCUGCACAACUGUUGAAUUUCUACUUUAUACCACUAAAACACAGGUUGGCAGUUGUUCAGAUUGUUGCCCUGGUGUGGAAUACCUACCUCUCCUGGAUGGCAAAUAAAGCGUGAUAAUUUACCUGAAUCAUCAAUUAAUUUCCACUUCAGGAGCAAAAGACUGAAUUUUCUUAACCAUUUGACACAAUGUUUUAAUAUAAGUUAUCGCUGUAGAGGAAAGCUGUUGUAAUUGUGGAGAGUGUGUUGGGAAAUGAACCUUUCACGGUAUUUGGUUUCUUUGCAUUGAAUCGCCUAUGUACUAGACUAAAACAGCAAAUCCUCUUCCCAACUCAAGUUCUUGAGUCCGUUAACUGUGGAAGAGGAAAUGAUGGCAAACACUACUGGUAACUAAACUUCCUAGAAAAAAACGAGCAACAGUUUUUUCUAGGAAUAAAUAUGUAUAAAAUUAUUCCUAGUUUUAAAUUAACUUUUAUGAUGGUGUAUGUUUCAUAUAUAUAUAGAUAUUUUUUAAUGAUUUUGUAACAUUAAUAAGAAAUAUCUCAUCACCUUCUACAGUACUCUUAAUAUGCUAAGUUCCUUGCCUCUCCUCCCCCAAUUAAAUAAUUACCCAAUUGAAAUGAAACCUUGAAGGAUAAAACUGGAGUAAAAUACAGUUUGAACACCGAUUUUCCUGCAACUGGUGGCCCACCCAUCACUGCAAUCCGGACAAAAUUACGAGAGCUCAAUUGAAAUUCCCUGACAGGCCACUGAUGGCAUCGCGAAUGGCCUGUACUUUUUCUGAUCGUGUCGCUCUGUUGUGAAAGAAUCAACUAUGCUCUCAAUCUUCUCUCCUAUUUACAUAGAUACAUAGAAAAUAGAUGCAGGAGUAGGCCAUUCGGCCCUUCGAGCCUGCACCGCCAUUUCACAAAGACAAUGCAGUAAAACUCUUGUUUUAAAGACCCCCUUAAAGCAGAUGUCAGAUGUAGUGGUCAGACCAGCCAACUCAUCCCCAGCCGUUUCGGGCCCCGGCUUCCGGCCCCACUCCCAACUUUGCAACAAGACACAAAGUGCUAGAGUAACUCAGUGGGUCAGGAUCUCUGGAGAACACGGAUAGGAGACAAUGGGACCCUUCCCCAGACUGAUUCAGUUGGCUGAGUUACCCCAGCACUUUGUCUGUUUCAAACUGGGCGCUGAUGCCGCUGGUCUGUACCAGCGAGUCCUUCUUCACAUGGCUGUUGUUGCGGCUCACAUUGUAGCCCCAGGUCACAGAGCUUUCUUCAGGGGGGCCAGGGAUGGGUCGGCAGAUCACUACAUUCACAUUCAGUUUACAUUUUAUAUUUGUUUGAUAUAAGUUUCUGGCACUCCACGGUGUUUUAGAGACAUGGGAGGGGUGUCAUUAGCAGGAGAGAGGUACAUUGUCUGUUCAUUAUCAUGAGACCUCUGUGGGUCCAGAAAACGGACAAUCUAGAAAGGCUCUGAAACCAAGGGUGCCAGAAAAUUGGUGUUUAACGUGUAAUGCAUGUAUUUGACGUUGCCCCAAGUGUCACCCAGACGAAUACUGAACAAAUAGGAGAAUAAAAAACAUUGUGUAGUUUAAAAUAAAUUUAAACUUUUAAUAAAAUGGAUAAAAUGAAUUAAA